AUGAUCCGAGAUGUAAGGUGUAUCCAGCAAGUUGACGUUGUUCUUGAUCGGGUCUUGAACCUUCCUGAUGUCAUGUGUGAGCACCCUAUCCCACUAAGAGUUCGAGAAUGCAACACACAGCUUUGCCCUGCCAACUGGGCCUCUGGGUUUUGGUCUGAGUGCUCAGUGACUUGUGGACAUGGCGUGGAACUUCGCCCUGUGGUUUGCCAAAGAGUGACCACUGAUGGAGAACCUGUAGACGUAGAUGAGUACCACUGUCCACCUGGUGAGAAACCUGAGGCAGAGAGACCAUGUAAUGUGACUGCAUGUCCAGAGGUUCAAAUUAAGGAGAAGCAUAUGAAGUUUUUUCAGAUCAACAAGCUUGACAAAGUUCGUCUGGUGGUUGGCACAGAUGCUGCAAUUUUGCCUGGUACGUCCGUCAUUAUCAAAUGUCCAGUCACUGGUAUGAACAGAAAGAAAGUGGAAUGGCUCAAAGAUGAAAGGCCAAUUCGACAAGGACAUCGAGUUACAGUUUCCACAAGGGGUAACCUGAGAAUCAGAAGAAGUAGACCAGACAAAGACACAGGAACAUACACCUGCAUAGCUGAACAUAAAAGGGCGUCAUUACAGAUAGCCUUUUCUGACCUCUAUGCAAUUAUACAGGAGACAUUACAAAGAGAGAAAUAUCUGUUGGGCUUCUUGGCAGAUGAAGCAAAAAAUGGUAAUUUAUCCACCACUAUUGAUCCCUUUGACAAACAAAAACGGCCACUUCAGCUGGUUGUGGGCAACUGGUCUACCUGCUCUACAACAUGUGGUACUGGAGUCCAAAAGAGGAAGAUCAGCUGUGAAAUUAUAACCAAUAAUUAUUUUGAAGUUUUCCAGCUAAAGACUUGCAAACAUGCUGGGAUAAAAAUACCAGCUGCUGUAGAGAAGUGCUCAGCAUCUCCAUGCACAAGAUGGGUGAUGAAAGAUUGGUCACCAUGCUUGGAACACAAAUGUGUAAAAGAAGGAUUCUCAUACAAAACAAGAACUGUAGCUUGUGCUACAGAAUCUAGCUCAAAACUGGUUAGUGAAAAGCUGUGUGAUCCGACCUCCCGACCCCUGUCUAAAAAGGAAUGUAGAAAUCCAUCAUGUCGACCUCUUUGGAAUACUUCACAUUGGUCAGAG